AACGGUUUGGAUGUAGCUUUCGGUUGAGCUCAGUUCGGGCUGUGGAGCUUCUCUCGCAAAGUUGUUCCAUCGCUUUAUACACACUGCCCAAGUGAGAGGGUGGCAGUGGGAGACGACGGGAGGUGCCGUUUUUUUUUUGUUCAACCGCCUGGUUGUUGCUGUUAUUCACCGAGCGCACACGUAUUUUACAUUCAGCCAUCAUCAGCACGGUACGGCAGAACGAGAGAGCAAAGGAGCUUUUCAGUGUGAAAUUCUUUGGAUGCGGUUAGAUUCAAGAAUAGUUGAACAGAGAGUUUCGAUGGCAGAAGGAUCGCCUCGCCGGUUCUAGAGUAAAGUUAGUGUCUGCGUAGCCACAAAACAACUAUCGAAAGUGUAUCCAGAGUGCUACCGUGUGUUCCCGUGUCGUCGUGCAGUGUCGUCUAUCUUCUGCAAUCGGACCGGGAGCAGACUAAAGGUGAACAAAGUCAGGAUCAUUCGAUCGUGCAAUUUUUGCAACGGCAAACGCAACUGCUGCCUCAUUGUAAUGGGAGUUGUACGUGAGAUUCAGGUUUUAAAACGCAUCUGUAGCACCAGUUAAGAUGCCAGCCUGCUGACCGUUCAACACACUUGAGGAUAUGCCAUUUGGAAAUUCUGUAUUUUGGUCAUUGAAGCCGGUUCGCUUGGACCAGCCAAAUUGAGAACUAAAUCAUCUUUGAAGAAUAUACUGCAUGUGAUUUUGAUAGUGAGUGAAAAAUUUGUGAUGUAGGUUUAGAUUUUUCGUAUUUCUGUUGUCUGUAUGUGUGUACGUAAGUGUUGAAAUUAACGAUAGUGUCACACGUCCAAAAUGGUAGACAGUUCGAUGGGAUCGGUCAGCUUCCUCCAUCUGGGGGACAUUGUGUCCUUGUACUCGGAGGGAAAUGUGUGCGGUUUUCUCAGCACCCUCGGAUUGGUAGACGACCGUACGGUUGUUUGUCCGGCCGCGGGGGACCUAAACGAUCCACCGGAGAAAUUUCGAGAUUGUCUUAUCAAGAUAUGUCCCAUGAACCGGUACUCGGCCCAGAAGCAGUUCUGGAAGGCUGCCAAACAAAGCACAUCGGCCAACACGGAUACCAGUUUGCUUAAGAGACUGCACCACGCCGCCGAGAUCGAGAAAAAGCAGAACGAUUCCGAAAACAAAAAACUACUCGGAACGGUGGUCCAGUAUGGCAGCGUUAUUCAGCUUCUGCAUCUCAAAUCAAACAAAUAUGUUACGGUCAAUAUCAGACUGCCGGCAUUGCUGGAGAAGAACGCGAUGCGAGUGUAUCUGGACGCCAACGGAAACGAAGGUUCGUGGUUCUAUAUUAUGCCGUUCUACAAAUUGCGUUCCGCCGGCGAUAACGUCGUUGUCAACGAUAAGGUUAUACUAAAACCAGUUAACGCAAACCGGCAGAAUCUUCAUGUAGCCGCCAACUAUGAGCUGUUGGAUAAUCCCGGUAGUAAAGAGGUGAAUGUCUUAAAUUCCUCUACGUCAUGGAAGAUUACGCUGUUUAUGGAACAUCGAGAGAACCAAGAGGAUGUUUUGAAAGGUGGCGAUGUAGUAAGAUUGUUUCACGCCGAGCAGGAGAAGUUUUUGACGAUGGACGAAUACAAAAAGCAACAGCAUGUCUUCCUGCGGACUACGGGAAGAACAAGCGCUACGGCAGCCACCAGCAGUAAAGCUCUUUGGGAAAUCGAAGUCGUCCAGCAUGACUCAUGUCGUGGAGGCGCUGGCCAUUGGAACUCGUUGUUCCGUUUCAAACAUUUAGCAACCGGCUACUAUCUGGCAGCUGAAAUAGAUGAUGACAUUUCUCGUACGGAGAAGUCCAGCAACUCUAGUCAUCCGCAGGGCGACUCUUUCCGAUUGGUCUCCGUACCACAUUCCACGGACAUUGCCUCUGUGUUUGAGCUCGAUUCCACGACAAUUACACGACCGGAGGGGCUGGUACCUCAAAACAGUUACGUGCGGAUGCGGCACCUCUGCUCGAACACAUGGGUGCAUGCCACAUCUUCACCCAUCGACGUUGAUGAAGAUAAACCGGUAAUGUCCAAAGUGGGUUGUUCAGCGAUCAAAGAGGAUAAGGAAGCUUUCCAGCUGAUUCCUGUGUCUCCAGUAGAGGUGCGGGAUUUGGACUUUGCAAAUGAUGCUUGCAAGCUGCUUCUGGCCAUGAGUACAAAGUUAGAAAAUGGAACAAUAUCACCAAACGAAAGACGUUCAUUGAUCGCACUUCUUCAAGACAUCGUUUUCUUCAUAGCUGGUCAAGAGAAUGAACAGAAUAAAAGCGAUGCUUUGGACUUAACUAUCAACAAUCCAAACCGCGAUCGGCAGAAGUUGCUCCGAGAGCAGUAUAUUCUAAAACAACUGUUCAAGAUUCUGCAAGGUCCUUUUCAAGAAACUAAAAACAGUGAUGGUCCAUUUUUGAAAAUCGACGAACUGAGUGAUCCCAAAAAUACACCGUUCAAAAACAUCUUUAGACUUUGCUAUCGAAUAUUGAAACUCAGUCAGUCGGAUUACAGAAAGAAUCAAGAAUACAUUGCCAAACACUUCGGUUUGAUGCAGAAGCAAAUUGGCUACGACAUCCUUGCGGAGGACACUAUCACUGCUCUGCUCCACAACAAUCGCAAAUUACUGGAGAAACACAUAACAGCUGCGGAAAUUGAAACCUUCGUUGGAUUGGUUCGCAAAAACAUGAACAACUGGCAGUCGCGGUUCCUAGACUACCUCUCCGAUCUGUGCGUAUCUAACAAGAAAGCCAUCGCAGUAACACAGGAACUAAUUUGCAAAAGUGUCCUGAGUUCCAAAAAUGCAGACAUACUGAUUGAAACAUUCCUACGGGAAGUAGACGAUGAACGGUUAGGGUAUUUAAAUGAUUUGGAGCGAGGCAACCAUCAGUUCACGGAGAUUCGAGAAGUGGAUGAAUCCUCCGAGACGGAAGCGGAACGUGAGAAGAACAACACUACUGGAUUGACCAACGGAGGAAGUCCCAUGAAAAAACUGGAUGACAAAAAACGCUAUGAAGUCGUAUUGAUGUGGCAGAAUCGAACGCAAUCAAAAUCCAUGAGUCGUCUUGCCCAGGGGUUGAAGAUUGGUCGCACCACCGACAUUGCCAUCCUGGACUACUACCGCCACCAGCUGAAUCUUUUCUCCAACAUGUGUCUAAACCGGCAGUAUCUAGCACUGAAUAAUCUGUCCCCCCACCUGGACAUUGACCUCAUACUACGGUGUAUGUCGGACAAAACGGUCCCGUACGAUUUGCGAGCCUCGUUCUGUCGGCUGAUGUUGCAUCUUCACGUCGACCGUGACCCACAGGAACCGGUAACGCCAGUCAAAUAUGCCCGCCUUUGGUCGGAAAUUCCAUCCGUUAUGUCAAUCAACGACUACGACGUGGAGAAACAACCGGACAGCAAUAAGAAAGCCGUCAGGGCUCGCUUCAAUAAAACCAUUGCCUUCGUCGAAGACUACCUGUGCAACAAUGUGGUUUCGAAAAUGUGGUUCGCUGACCAGGACCAGAACAAGUUGACAUUCGAGGUUGUUAAACUUGCACGCGAUUUAAUUUAUUUCGGAUUCUAUAGCUUCAGCGAUUUACUGCGGCUAACAAAAACGCUGCUGAAUAUUUUGGAUUGUGUGUCCAACAGCGAAACAGACCGCCGUGGUUUGCCAACAGGACACAUUGACUCGGAAGGUGGCGUUUUGCGACGCAUCGGCGACAUGGGAGCAGUUAUGACUUCCCUUACACUCGGCCCAAUAUCAACUGCCAUCGUGUCUCCCAACAUUCAGCAACGGAAGUCGGUCUCCCACUACAUGAGAGAAUACCCGCUCGUUAUGGAUACCAAACUAAAAAUCAUCGAGAUUCUUCAAUUCAUCCUGGAUGUUCGCCUGGAUUAUCGAAUCAGUUGUUUGCUGUCUAUUUUCAAAAGAGAAUUCGAUGAAAACGAGCAAACGGCCAAUGCCCAAAUGCAGCAACCACAGUCGCAGCAGCAACAAACGCCGACGAAUGCUUCCACUCGUUCAGUCGUACCGCCGGUUCCGUCCGUCAUCACACCAACCGAUGGCACAAAUGCGGAUUCUAAUCCAGAAACUACUUCAAUCACAUCAACUUCUACCGCGGAAACAACCCUAGAAUCCGAGUCCGGUGAAUCUCAGCAACCCUCAAACAACACCGUGAAUGGGGAACCAAAAUCGGAACAAAAACCCGAGACUAAUUUAGGUCCGCCCACGCCGGAAAACAUCAACUUGAAACAAAAGAAUAUAGAUCUUGAAUCGAUCGGAACCCAAGCGGAGGGAAUUUUCGGGUGCAAUGAGGACACCUACAAUCCGCUGGACCUAGACGGUCAGGGCGGGCGAACGUUUUUACGCGUUCUAUUACACUUGAUCAUGCACGAAUAUCCGUCACUAGUGUCCGGGGCUUUGCAUCUUCUGUUUCGACACUUCAGUCAACGGCAUGAGGUAUUGCAUGCAUUCCGACAAGUACAGCUGCUGGUAUCAGACAGUGACGUCGAAUCGUACAAACAAAUCAAAUCGGAUUUGGACGUUCUACGGCAAAGUGUUGAAAAGUCAGAGCUGUGGGUCUACAAAUCGAAACAAUCGGAUGAGCUGCAGCAAGCGGGUGGCGAGUCUGGCGGGGAUGCUGGUGAAGGAUCGAAACAGGAGAAGGGCGAUGGUGGUUCAACAGGUGCAAAACCAAAACCGCUGCUUGUCAAAAAUGAAUCUCAGCUUAACUUUGAUCAAGGACCAGAGCUGAAUGCGGAACAGUCGAUGGAGUACAAGAAGAUUCAGCAGAUUUUGAUCCGGAUGAAUAAGUUGUGCAUUACUUCGGGUCCCGGUGAUGUGACUAAACCUAGAAAGCAUGAACAGCGGUUGCUGCGUAAUGUUGGGGUACACACUGUUGUUUUGGAUCUGCUCCAAAUUCCUUAUGAUGAAAAGGACGAUUACCGGAUGAAUGAGCUAAUGCGACUGGCCCAUGAGUUUCUUCAAAACUUCUGCCUUGGCAAUCAGCAGAAUCAAAUUUUACUCCACAAACAGCUUGAUUUGUUCCUUAACCCUGGCAUACUUGAAGCCGAAACUGUAUGUGCCAUCUUCAAAGACAAUCUAAAUUUGUGCAACGAAGUGAGCGAUAAGGUGGUACAACAUUUUGUUCACUGCAUCGAAAUCCACGGACGACACGUGGAGUACCUAAAGUUCCUGCAAACGAUCAUUAAAGCGGAAAACCAGUUUAUUCGCAAGUGCCAAGACAUGGUGAUGCAGGAAUUGGUGAACGCCGGAGAGGAUGUGUUGAUAUUUUACAACGAUAAAUCUUCGUUUAACUAUUUUGUCGAGCUAAUGAGGACGUACAGUGCUGGCGAGCUGAGUGAUCCGAGUCCUCUGAUGUAUCACAUCGAGCUUGUCAAACUGCUGGCGUGCUGUACUAUGGGAAAGAAUGUUUAUACUGAAAUCAAAUGCAAUAGUUUGCUGGCAUUGGAUGAUAUUGUGGCUAUGAUAUCGCAUCCGGAUUGUAUUCCGGAGGUUAAGGUCGCAUACGUAGACUUUCUGUGCCAUUGCUAUAUUGAUACGGAAGUGGAAGUGAAGGAAAUUUAUUCCUCCAACCAUAUGUGGUGUUUGUUUGAGAAAUCGUUCCUCAUCGAUAUUAAUAACGUGGUGAAAGGAGGCAAUUUCACGAACCGGCAACUGGAGAAUUAUGUUUGCAACGAGAUUAUGAAUAUUCUAACAACAUUCUUCAACAGUCAGUUCUCAGAUCAAAGUACGGCUUUGCAGAAACGUCAACUAAUCUUCGUCAAAAUCCUGCAAUCAUCGUUCAAACUAACCCAGUGCAAAUGGCUAUCGCCGUCGCAACGUUUCAACGUGGAAAAUUGCAUCCGCACCCUGUCGGAGAAGGCGAAACCACGCGGAAUUGCCAUCCCGAUCGAUCUGGAGAAUCAAGUAGUAAAAAUGUUCAACAAAACGGCUCUACUUUCGCGCCAAACCAGUAAAUGGCUGCUGGCUACGAAACAGACGAAAAUCGAACGCUCUCAGUCGCAGAUCAUGCGCAUGGAUCGCAGUAUUAUCGAGGGCCUGCAGGAUAUUGUCUCCCUACUAGAGGACAAACUGAAGCCGUUAGUCGAAGCAGAGCAGUCCCUGCUGGUUGACAUUUUGUACCGGUCAGAAUUACUGUUUCCGCUGAACACGGAGUCCAGAAAGAAGUGCGAAACCGGAGAAUUUAUCCAGCACUUAAUAAAACACACAGAGAAGUUGCUCGAAGAGAAAGAGGAAAAACUGUGCGUUAAAAUUUUAAAAACACUAAAGGAAAUGAUGACAAUAGACUGCGAUUAUGGUGAUAAAGGAGACCAUUUGCGUAACAUUCUUUUGAAGCGCUAUUUUGGACAUGACUUUACGCAACCGGCUCUUCCAGGAGCUGCGAGUGGCGAUCUGCAGAAAACAGGUUCCCAACAUAUGCCUCAUCAAACGCCACCUGCCGGAUUGCCGGUAGCAACCGUUUCUCAUGGUCCAGGAGCUAAAUACCUUGUUCGAGCGGGUCGGACGUUGCAUGAAGUUCAAAAUGAUUUGGAUAAGGAAGGAGCUAGUGAUCUGGUGAUCGAGUUAGUAAUCAAGUCCAUCAACUCACCUUCAAUUUUUGUGGAAGCAAUCGCACUGGGUAUCGCGCUGCUGGAAGGUGGCAAUCCGAUCAUUCAGAAAGGAAUGUACAAUAAAUUCCUCAGUAACGAUUUGAGUCAAUCUUUUUUCAAAGUGUUUUUCGACAAAAUGAAAGACUCCCAGCAAGAGAUUAAAUCUACUGUGUCUGUCAACACUUCCGAUAUGGCUGCCAGUAAAGCCAACGAGAGCAAAGCGGAUGGCAAGGAUUACGAUAAAGUUCAGCGCAAGAAUGUCAACAAAGUCAACGGAAUCGUAAUAACGGAUGAAUUUAAGGAAGAGCUGCAAAACGCAGCACUAAUGACCCAGCAGUCGUUCAUAAAUGCAAGAAAUCUGGCGGCUGCUUCCGAUGGAACGAGCUCAGAGAAUGGAGACGACAGUACUUUGAUGAGCAUAGGAUCAUCCGCACUCGAAGACAUUUUAGCAGAAAAAUUGGAGAAGCAUAAAGAUAAGGACGAAAACAAUAAGCUCUCAAAUAAAGUACUAGUAAUGCAACCAAUUCUUCGGUUCCUGCAACUACUAUGUGAAAACCAUAAUCCUGAGUUACAAAAUCUUCUACGAAAUCAAAACAAUAAAACUAACUACAAUCUCGUCUCAGAAACCUUAAUGUUCCUUGACUGUAUUUGUGGAUCAACUACCGGUGGUCUCGGUUUGUUAGGUCUUUACAUAAACGAAAAUAACGUUUCACUAAUUAACCAAACUCUGGAAACGUUAACCGAGUACUGCCAGGGUCCAUGCCAUGACAAUCAAAAUUGCAUAGCAACGCACGAAUCCAACGGAUUGGACAUCAUCACCGCACUGAUACUAAAUGACAUAAACCCGUUAGGAAAGAACCGAAUGGAUCUUGUGCUGGAGUUGAAAAAUAAUGCCUCUAAACUGCUGUUAGCCAUCAUGGAGUCCCGAGGAGAUACCGAAAAUGCCGAACGCAUCCUAGCCAAUAUGAAUCCAAAGCAAUUGAUAGAUGUAGCGUGUCGUGCAUACCAUCAGGACGAAAAUAUCCUGCUGUUGUUGAAUCAAGGCGAUGGAAGCGGCGAGGAUACCUACAACGCGAAACACGAGCUCGGAGAAGAUCAAAAUGAUGAUGAUGACGUUGGAGUUUCGCCGAAGGAAGUUGGUCAUAACAUUUACAUUCUAUGCCAUCAGCUGGCGCAACAUAACAAAGAACUGGCUAAUCUGCUUAAAAUCGAUACUUACAGUAACGCUUCAAAUAACAGCAGCAGUGCUAGUACUGCUAGCACCAGUGGGGUCACGCCGGCAAUCGCCCCAAGUCCUUCAAAAUCCAGCACUAAAACUAAUCAAGCCUUGCUCUACUACCAAACUCAUACGGCACAAAUUGAAAUCGUUCGGCACGAUCGCACACUAGAGCAGAUAGUGUUCCCGAUUCCGGAAAUCUGCGAGUAUCUGACCAAGGACACGAAGGUGCGAGUUCUCAAUACGGCGGAACGCGAUGAUCAAGGUAGUAAAGUGGCCGAUUUCUUUGACCGGCACGAAGCGAUGUUUAACGAAAUGAAAUGGCAGAAAAAACUCCGCGGACAACCGGCUCUCUUCUGGGUCAGCAGCUAUAUGUCCCUGUGGAGCAAUAUUCUGUUCAAUAUGGCUGUACUUAUGAACCUGAUAGUGGCGUUUUUCUACCCUUUUGAGAAUGGUGUACCUGAACUCAGUUUCCAUCUGUCGUCGCUGAUUUGGAUCGUGAUUGUGGUCUCACUGGUAAUAGUUGUCACACUCCCUCGUAAAUCUGGUAUCCGAACGCUGGUAGUGGCACUAAUACUACGGCUGAUAUUUUCCUGUGGGCCAGAACCCACUGUUUGGUUGCUUGGCUGUGCUACGGUUAUUAUGAAAGGUGUCCACAUCAUUAGUCUAAUGGGCAACUACGGAACGCUGGAAAAGCACUUGUUUUCGAUCAUAACGGAUGCUGAACUGCUCUAUCAUUUCGGUUAUCUUUGGUUCUGUGUGUUCGGAGUGCUACUACAUCCGUUCUUUUUCUCCAUACUGCUAUUUGACGUGGUUUACCGGGAGGAAACUUUACUGAACGUUAUUCGUUCAGUUACGAGAAAUGGUCGAUCGAUCAUUUUGACUGCCGUCCUUGCACUGAUAUUGGUGUACAUGUUCUCGAUCAUCGGUUACAUGUUUUUCCGUGACGAUUUCCUUGUUCCGGUAGAUCAAGAUUUUGUAGAACCCGAAACGGAAGCUAUUGACUGUGUGGUACCUUCACGAAGUCGAAUGCUUCCGGAAGAUUUAGGCAGUGAGGAAGAGUACUGCAGUCAGGCGGCUCAACAGACUAAUGACGGUGGCUCCGAGGAAGUCAAGGAACGUGGCUGUGAUUCAAUGGUAAUGUGCAUUAUUACAACGCUCAAUCAAGGUCUUCGCAAUGGGGGCGGUAUCGGUGACAUUCUACGAGCUCCAAGUCGAAAGGAAACCCUUUUCGUACCGCGAGUGGUGUACGAUUUACUGUUCUUCUUCAUCGUCAUCAUUAUUGUGUUGAAUCUGAUCUUUGGUGUUAUCAUCGAUACGUUUGCUGAUCUGAGAAGCGAAAAGCAACAGAAAGAGUUAAUUUUGAAAAAUACAUGUUUCGUUUGCGGUCUAAACCGGUCAGCUUUCGACAAUAAAACGGUUAGCUUCGAGGAGCAUAUCAAAAAUGAGCACAACAUGUGGCACUACUUGUAUUUCAUUGUGCUGGUCAAAGUGAAGGAUCCCACAGAGUUCACCGGACCGGAAAGCUAUGUGCAUGCAAUGGUUAAGGCAAACAUCCAAGAUUGGUUCCCACGGUUGCGUGCAAUGUCGUUGGCAGCUGUUGAUGGCGAUGGAGAACAAAUCGAGCUAAGAAGUCUGAAAACACUUCUGGAAACGAAUCAUGUAGCCGUUCGAGAACUUACAGCGCAAAUUAUGGAGCUGGAAAAUAAGAUGACCGAGCAGCGGAAACAACGUCAACGGCAUGCUUUACUGAAUCCAACCACAUCAGCGUCCUAUCAGUUUUACCCGCAACUGUGAUGUUCUUCAUCGGAGCUACUGCACCAAAAACGAAAGUAACAACUGAUCGUCCAACCUGUUUGGAAUUUGUUAUAUGUAAAUUUGGCAUACUGUUAUCAUUCGCUCUUCUGCAAAUCUAAAUUACGCAAUUCGAAUCCCCAGAUUCGCUCGUGCAUGAUAGUUUCUUGUAUUAGAAAAUUCUGUACGAUGUAGAAAGUGUUGAAGAAAAGCUCAAACUUAAAAGGUGUAAUUGAUGUUGUUUUAUAUAGAUUCAGGUUGAAGUACACACGUAUAUGGCACAAUUGAGUCCAACUUGUUAUUUGAGCCAUAAAGGAAUCUCGUCAUCAUCAUAAAUUUCCAUAAGCAACGGCACACACAGUUAUUUGGUGUACAAUACAAUAAGUAACAACAAAUUGCUCAGCUGCUGACAGAGGAAUAGUAUAGUCUGACUAGCAAUCACUUCACCGAGUAAAUAGAUGAUGUUAUGUUCAUCUUAAAAAAUAUAUUCUGGAUCGAAAUGCUAUUAUCGUAUCUAAAAGUUAGAUUCCUAGGUAUUUAUGACUUAAGCCAUAGAAUUAUACUGAAACUUACAGGCGAACUUAAUCAAUGACUUCUUCGAACCUUUAGACUGUACUUUACCAACGAAACUUGUUGUCGAGCUAGCUUGCUAUCAUUUAACUAACUUUUUAGUAUGUUUACCAAUCUUUUAGAGUAGUUCAAAAAACCGGUCUACUGUGUAACCAACGACAAUUCUUCUUAGACUGUUUCUACGUUUAUUUACCUAACUUCAUCAUUUUAUUCAUAUUUUCUACGGGAUUAAAUUCAAAAUUUAUCUUGCUCCAUGUGAUAUUUUUUAUGAUGUGUAUGAAAUUUAUGGUAACGGUUUUCGGUUCUCUAAUGUCUGCAACAUACAAAAUUUGUUUAACUUCUUUUGCAAAUUGUUAUUAGAAUACAUUAUCCCUUCUAUACUGUUAGUAAUAGUUUUGUCCCACAGGGACAGAAUUUAGCUCAGCGUAUAACGUGCAAACUGUGUCCAUCGAAUCGUAAUCAAAACACGCUCCUUGUGAAAGUAACUAUUUCUAAUAUAGGUGUACCCACCUAACGAUUAGGUCAUUCUUUACACUAGUUCUAGAAAUAUUUAUAAAAGGAUCACGUACUAAAAAAAUUAGAUAAGCACUUCUAGGAGAAAUUUCAUAGCUCAGAUGUUGUUACUAUUACUGGCCGUAGUUUAAUUGUCUAAAUCACUCGCUGAUGAACGAUCGACGAGGCAGCAAAAAAUUUUUAUCUCUACCAGUUAAUGAUAUGUGAAUCUACCUGCUCCACUCAGCAAAUAUUCUGCCCCUAUUCUCAUAUCAGUCCCAUUUGAUAAUAUGGGUUUCUUUUGUGUUAACUGCAAGAAUUGUCUUUAUUUUAGCUACACUUUACAAAUACCCUAUUAAAUGAGUAACGGAAAAGAUCAUUAAAUAGUAAAAAUUAUUAAAAAACAUUUUUCUCCAUAUGGCUUCAAUAACUUUCAUGGGAAUGAUAUGUGAAUCGUGGCAUCAAAUAUUACGCUGAAAAUGCAACCUGAGACGACACUAUGAAUCAAUAAAAUAUGUUGAAACC